AGUCCCUUUUGUUUCUCUCUGACGUUUUCCGUUUUUCCACGCGGAUACGAUUCUUCUGUAAGCCUCGUCCUUCCAUUAUCAUCGCCGGCAACCUCGUCCGAAUCCCCAGUCGGAUCCCGCCGGAAUAUUCGAACUUUCCACCCAUCCGGUCACCCGAUCCGAGUGAAUAUUCGAAUCGGCGCCUCAAUUGGCGCAGACAUACAUCUAUUCAUUCGUUUAUCGUAAUUUAGUUGUUUAUAUAAUAUUUGUUAUCAAUAAUUAUCGAUGUCAUUAUUGCUGUCGAUGGAGGAUUGUGCCAGCGACGAGGACAAUUAUUGCUCCGAUCGGGAUUCGCUCGACGAAAUCGAGAACGAGGAGCCUGAGUUUCAGCGUGCCCCUCCCAAGGGUUCCACAACUAAGGUAAUUACAAAAGAAUCUCUUUUGGCUGCACAGAGGGAGGAUUUGCGUAGUGUAAUGGAAAUGCUAUCUCUGAGGGAGCAUCAUGCCAGGACUUUACUUAUUCAUUACCGCUGGGAUGUUGAGAGGUUGGUUGCAGUGCUUGUAGAGAAAGGGAAGGCUUGCUUAUUUGCCGAAGCAGGUGUUACAGUGGUCGGGCAUCAAGAUCUUGAUUCAUCACUGCAUUCCAUAGUAAUGUGUGACAUUUGCAUGGAGGGUGUACCUGGUGGUGAGGCUACAAGAGUGGACUGCGGCCAUUGUUUUUGCAACAGCUGUUGGACACAGCAUUUUAUGGUGAAGAUAAAUGAGGGUCAGAGUAGGCGCAUUAGGUGCAUGGCGCAUAAAUGCAAUUCAAUUUGUGAUGAAGCUGUUGUUAGAAAUCUAGUCAGUAAAAGGCAUCCUGAUAUGGCGGAGAAGUUUGAUCGUUUUCUUCUUGAGUCAUAUAUUGAAGAUAAUAAGAGAGUUAAAUGGUGCCCAAGUGCUCCACAUUGUGGGAACGCAAUACGCAUUGAGGAUGACGAGUUUUGUGAGGUAGAAUGUUCGUGUGGUUUGCAGUUUUGUUUCAGUUGCUUAUCAGAAGCACACUCGCCGUGUUCAUGUGUAAUGUGGCAGCUUUGGGUCAAGAAGUGCCGUGAUGAAUCAGAGACAGUUAAUUGGAUAACAGCUCAUACACAGCCUUGUCCAAAGUGUCACAAACCUGUAGAGAAGAAUGGUGGUUGCAACCUCGUGAGCUGUAUCUGUGGCCAAGCAUUUUGUUGGCUGUGUGGCGGAGCCACUGGCCGAGAUCAUACUUGGUCAAGUAUAACUGGCCACAGUUGUGGUCGCUUUAAAGUAGAUGGAGAGAAAAAAUCAGAACGUGCAAAGCGGGAUCACUAUCGAUAUAUACACUAUUAUAACCGCUACAGAGCUCACACAGACUCUUUCAAGCAAGAAAGUAAAUUGAAAGAGACCAUACAAGAGAGGGUGUCAAUUACAGAAGAGAGAGAUUCAAGGCUAAGAGAUUUUAGCUGGGUAAAUAAUGGGCUCUACAGGCUUUUCAGAUCCAGGCGUGUUCUUUCAUAUUCAUACCCAUUUGCAUUUUAUAUGUUUGGAGAUGAGCUGUUCAAGGAUGAGAUGACGAAGGAAGAAAGUGAAAUAAAACAGCAUUUAUUUGAGGAUCAGCAGCAGCAGCUUGAGGCAAACGUUGAGAAACUUUCCAAGAUUUUGGAGGAGCCCUUUGAUCAGUAUAGUGAGGAUAAAGUUAUGGAGAUAAGGAUGCAAGUCAUCAACCUGUCAGUGAUCACAGAUACUCUCUGUCACAAAUUGUAUGAGUGCAUUGAAAAUGAUUUGUUGGGUUCUCUCCAAUUUGGUAACCACAAUAUAGCUCCUUACAAAUCAAAGGGCAUUGAGAGGGCAUCAGAACUUACUGCUUGCUGGAAAUCCAAUAAUAGGGACAACUAUCUACCUUCGGACCGCGAGGCUAGCGGAUUUUUUCUGAUACUUCAACUGUUUGAUGGGACAGCAGAAUCUGAUCGACCUUCAGGCUCUGGUUGUUCUGAUGAGAGCGGAUGCUCUUCCAGGAAGCGUGCUAGAAAGGAUGGCGUUGGAGGUGGCCUUUUUGAUCUAAACAUGCCAGCAGAGGUCAUCGACAGGAACUGAAUGUGAUAGUUGUAGGCUUCAUUUAAAUCCAACAGGUGUACAGCUUUAACAUAAGCCCAUGUUUACUUCAAUGGGAUUGAUCAUUUCUCGAUCAUAACACCCAAGAACUUAAACUUUAUCGCAUUAUCCCCACAUUUUUGGCUUGUGCUUCAUGAAUAUCUUUUCUUGUGAUUUUCUCGAAGAGAAAUUUGGGAGAUCCAGCUUGUACCUGCAUCUUUCCUUUUCCUCUUUUCAAGGUCCAAAAUUGUAUAUAGCCUUAUAUAGGGCUUUUGUGGGCGAUAGAUAUGUAAAUUCAUCUACAUGAAUUCUUGAGGAACCCUCUUAUACAUCCUCAUCUGCGAUAUUUUCAUAGUUUUGGAUGCUGUAAGUAAAGGCAAUUUUGCUGAA